AUGGGUUUAUUAAAAGCUGGAUCAAUUGCACCUGAUUUUAUAUGUAAAAAUCAAGAUGGAGUUGAUGUAAAACUAAAAGAUUUCUCUGAUAAACCUCUUGUAAUGUUCUUUUUUCCCUCAAAUAUUGGUAUGAUAUGUACCCGUGAAAAUAUUGAAUUCAAAGAAAACUAUCAAAAAUUUAUUGAUGCAAAUUGUCAUGUUGUGGGAAUUAGUGGUGAUAAAAUUAAAAAACAAAAAAAAUUCCAUUGUAAAAAUGAUCUCCCAUUUCCCUUAUUAAUUGACCGAAAAAGAAAGAUUGAAAAAGCAUUUGGUGCCCAUUUUAGUAGAGCUACAUUUGUUAUACAUAAUGGAGAAAUUGUACUCAGUCAUUUAACCCAUUGGUUCACAUCAAAAUCUCACAUUGAAGAAUCAUUAAAGGUUGUAGAAUUUCUAAAUGGGAAUAAAUAA